GAAUUCAGUAACCCCUCCCGUGAAAGUACGUAUUUGAGAGCGCGCACAGGAGCGGGCGCUCGCACUCCAGCUCUGCGUUCAGUCCCAAGCGCUUCUGACCGUCACUCCUCUGUGGAAAUUUAUCUGUUUCAGCUGAACACCCCAUAAGCAGCCAUGGAUGCCAUUAAGAAGAAGAUGCAAAUGCUCAAGCUCGACAAGGAGAAUGCCUUGGACAGAGCUGAGCAGGCUGAGGGAGACAAAAAGGCAGCGGAGGACAGGAGCAAACAGUUAGAAGAUGAACUAAUUCAGUUGGAAAAGAGGUUGCGCGUAACCGAGGACGAGCGUGAUAAAGUGCUUGAGGAGUACCAGAGCGUCGAGGAGAAGCUCCUGACCGCCGACGAAGUCGCCACCAAGCUUGAGGAUGACCUCCUAGCACUGCAGAAGAAACUGAAAGGCACUGAGGAUGAGCUCGACAAAUAUUCUGAGGCUCUUAAAGAUGCCCAGGAGAAACUGGAGCUGGCUGAGAAGAAAGCCGCAGAUGCUGAGGGUGAUGUAGCUUCCCUGAACAGACGUAUCCAGCUGGUUGAGGAGGAGUUGGAUCGCGCACAGGAGCGUUUGGCCACUGCCCUGCAGAAGCUGGAGGAGGCCGAGAAGGCUGCCGAUGAGAGCGAGAGAGGCAUGAAGGUCAUUGAGAACAGAGCUCUGAAGGAUGAGGAGAAGAUGGAGAUACAGGAGAUCCAGCUGAAGGAGGCCAAGCACAUCGCUGAGGAAGCUGACCGCAAAUACGAGGAGGUGGCCCGUAAGCUGGUGAUCGUUGAGGCUGAGCUGGAGCGCACAGAGGAGCGUGCCGAGCUGAAUGAGGGCAAAUGCUCUGAGCUUGAGGAAGAGUUGAAAACUGUGACCAACAACCUGAAGUCCCUGGAAGCCCAGGCUGAGAAGUACUCACAGAAGGAAGACAAAUAUGAGGAGGAGAUCAAGGUCCUUACUGACAAACUGAAGGAGGCCGAGACCCGUGCCGAGUUCUCUGAGAGAUCAGUCGCCAAGCUUGAGAAGACCAUUGAUGACCUUGAAGAAAAACUCUCACAUGCUAAAGAAGAGAACCUCGAUAUGAACCAGAUGUUGGAACAGACUCUAUUGGAGCUGAAUAACAUGUGAAUCCUGGUCACAUAAUGAUGAUGAUGUCUGCAUUUUGUAUUGGUUGGUUUUUUUUUUUUUUGUUUUUUUUCGUCCUGACAGUUAUCAGAUUGAAUAACAUGUGCCAUUUGUUACAAAAGCUUUAGUUUUCCUUGUAUUUUAUUUUAUUUUUUAUGUAAUAUUAUGGUACAUGUUCAUUUUAUUCUGAUUGUGCACAAAUGAAACAAAGUUAGCAGCAAUUGCACUUAAUUCAAUAUAUGCACACAACGGUUCUAUUGGACACGGUCGAGUCUGAAGCCAAGUUGAAUUGAAAUUGAAAGGUUUUCUUUUAAUAGUGUACAUCGGAUUAGGUUGUCCUAUGUAUACUGGUGCUACUGUGAAGGCGGAUGUCUAGCAGUGUGUAGCUUAUAGAGGUUUAUAAUUAACUAUAUACACUUUCCAAUUUGGAUAUCAUUCUCUGUGCCAAUAUAUAGCCCUAAAGGGACUUAUUUACACUCCAACUUUUAUUUAUUUUUGUUUUCUUCCCAUUUUGCUUCAGGAUGUCAGGCAACAUUAUUUGCAAACGCUCUGAGUUCGCUUACGCCGAAAAACCAUGUGGUUCAAAAUGUCCUCCGUUUUGAAUUCGAAAAAUAUGAUGAAAUCAUAUUUGGUUGUGCCUCGUUCAUUUUAGACAUUUUAAAUGUAGAUGUAUUAAAUGUAUGUCAUACAUAAAUGUACAAAGCUAAAAUAAAUAAAACCACUCCAUUUGACAUUU